AGCUCCAGUAUUCAUAUUAGUGAUUUUGUCUGUGAAUCUAUUGGACAUCUCAAACUUUCAGACUAUGAAAUUGGUAUAAAUGACUUACUUCCUAAUUCCAUGCAUCUCAAAUAUACCAAAGCAGGUAUUGCCAUCUAUCCAGGUAUAAAUCGUGAUAGUUGGUGGACAUGCGAUAAUUUAGUUAAUCAGGUAGUUGAAUGUGCUAUACCAAUAUUUGAACGAACACACCCCAACAAAAUAGCUCUAUUUAUGUUUGAUAAUAGUAGCAAUUAUGGUUUAUUUGCUGAAGAUACCCUUUUGGUCUCACAAAUGGGUAUGAAAGAUGAUACAAAAAAACUACUUCUUCAUGAUAAUACAAUACCUGAUAAUUUUGUUAGUUUAUUAAAAAUUCACCGCCGUUCUGAACAAUUUAUGAGUGCUUAUGAACUUGGACUUUCUGGAAAGGCUGCUGACUUUGCA